GAAGACAAAGGGAAAAGAGGACUCUGAAUGACCCCUGUGGAUUUGAGAGAAGAGAAAUAGAAAUUUGAGAGAGGAGGAAGAGAGUAAGGAAGAAAGAAAGUGAAUAAAAUUUAUCACUUUAACUUAAUGUUUAACUUAAUGAAAGCAAAAUCUUAUCUGAAAUUGGAAAAGUCAAGGUUUUGAGUGCUGGUUCAGUGCCCAUUUCUUUAUGAUUUGAUGUCUGAGAAUAAUGUGAUGGGUGUGGCCUAAAAACCUAGAUCACGUGUGGAAUUGGAAUUGGGUGUUAUACAGGCAAACGAGAUAAAUAUCUGUGCAAUAUACCCACUUUAUGCACUUAAGCAGGGAAGAAAUCCACAGGGGCACGUCUCCUGAUCUGCAGAGAAGACAGAAACAACAUGAGCACAGCAGGAAAAGUAAUCAAAUGCAAAGCAGCUGUGCUAUGGGAGGUAAAGAAACCAUUUUCCAUUGAGGAUGUGGAAGUGGCACCUCCUAAGGCCCAUGAAGUUCGCAUUAAGAUGGUGGCUGUAGGAAUCUGUCGUUCAGAUGACCACGUGGUUAGUGGCACCCUGGUGACCCCACUUCCUGUGGUUUUAGGCCAUGAGGCAGCCGGCAUCGUGGAGAGUGUUGGAGAAGGGGUGACUACAGUCAAACCAGGUGAUAAAGUCAUCCCGCUGUUUACUCCUCAGUGCGGAAAAUGCAGAAUUUGUAAAAACCCGGAAAGCAACUACUGCUUGAAAAACGAUCUCAGCAAUCCUCGGGGGACCCUGCAGGAUGGCACCAGUAGAUUCACCUGCAAAGGGAAGCCCAUCCACCACUUCCUCGGUGUCAGCACCUUCUCCCAGUACACGGUGGUGGAUGAGAGUGCAGUGGCCAAAAUUGAUGCAGCCUCGCCCCUGGAGAAAGUCUGCCUCAUUGGCUGUGGAUUUUCAACUGGUUAUGGGUCUGCAGUCAAAGUUGCCAAGGUCACCCCAGGCUCUACCUGUGCUGUGUUUGGUCUGGGAGGGGUCGGCCUAUCUGUUGUUAUGGGAUGUAAAGCAGCCGGAGCGGCCAGGAUCAUUGCAGUGGACAUCAACAAGGACAAAUUUGCAAAGGCCAAAGAGUUGGGUGCCACUGAAUGCAUCAACCCUCAAGACUACAAGAAACCCAUCCAGGAGGUGCUAAAGGAAAUGACUGAUGGAGGUGUGGAUUUUUCAUUUGAAGUAAUCGGUCGGCUUGACACCAUGAUGGCUUCCCUGUUAUGUUGUCAUGAGGCAUGUGGCACAAGUGUCGUUGUAGGGGUACCUCCUGAUGCCCAAAACCUCUCAAUGAACCCUAUGCUGCUGCUGACUGGACGCACCUGGAAAGGAGCUAUUUUUGGAGGCUUUAAGAGUAAAGAAUCUGUCCCCAAACUUGUGGCUGGUUUUAUGGCUAAGAAGUUUUCCCUAGAUGCAUUAAUAACCAAUGUUUUACCUUUUGAAAAAAUAAAUGAAGGAUUUGACCUGCUUCGCUCUGGAAAGAGCAUCCGUACCGUCCUGACAUUCUGAGACAAUACAGAUGUCUUAGACCCUUGUGGCCUCCUCUACCCUAUAGGAUCUGGAGCAGCAGCUGGGCAAUAUCAUUAAAUCUGCUUUUCAGAGAUGUUAUCAACAAAUUACAUAUGGGAGCUUUCCAAAGAAAUGGAAAUUGAUAUGAAAUUGUUUUUCAAGCAAAAGUUUAAAAUCCAGAUGAGAACUAAAUAAAGCGUUGAACAUCAGCUGGGGAAUUAAAGCCCAUAAGCCUUUCUUCUUAACCAUUCUACUUGCGUCAUCUUUGCCAUUGAGGAAAAAUAUUUCCUAUGGCUUCUUGCACUUUUGAUAUCUUCAUAAUUUUCAGUCAUUGAAUCCCAAUGAAGGGGACCCUUCACUUGCCCUGAACAUAACCAUGCUAUGCUCUUGUGCUUGAAAUCUUCUAUUCUAUUUUCACUGUUGGCAUUUUCCCUUUUUAUUAAAUAAAAUGUACCAAAGCCCUAAAGUAAAAACUACAAUAUAGUAAAGAAUAGACUCAGCUUUAUAAGUGAAGAAGAUCCAGAAGUUCUAAAUCCAGGAUAUUUCUUAGUAACUCAAAUAAAAUGUCACACAUUUUAAUACAGUGAA